CAAGAAAAGUGCUUGAAUUUGGUGUAAAAAUAACCCAGAGAUAACUCGAAAUCAACUUAAAAAUAAACCAAUCACCUAUCUCGGCCAUGUCCAAGAAGAGUUUGCUAGAGGUAAUGUAACAUCAUUUAAACGGAACUCAGAACACAAAAGAAACAAAUCGUAGAAAGACUUGAUUAAAGUAGACAAAGCCCCAAGAUGCAGCCGCCGCCGCGUAAGGGAAACUAUGUGAAGUUCCUCAAGAACUUGCACACGGAGCAGGUGGCCAAGCUGCAGUUGAAGAAUCAACAUGAGUGCGACCUGUUGGAGGACAUCCGUCAGUUCACCAUCAAGCGUUCGGCCAUCGAGAAGUCGUACAGUGAAGCCUUGCUAAAGAUCUCAUCCCAGUAUCUCAACAAGAAGAUACCCAAUAUACCGGAUAUUAAAAUGGAUGGAAUAGAGGAACGCUGGAAUAUGUGGAGCGUUUGGCGAACUGUUCUCGAGGAGAAUGAGAAGCUGGCCAGAGCCCGUUUGGCCGCCAUCGAGGUGUUCCAACAGCAGAUUGCCGAUGAGGCCAAGGUCCUUCGGGACUAUAAGUUGGCCAUAGCAAAGCGUUCUCUUUCCGGAAUUGUCAAUGUCCAGAAGGAACUCCAUUUAAGUGUUGGUGAUGUGGACAAAACCAAGAAAUCGUACUUUGAUGAAGAGCACUGUGCCCAUGAUGUUCGGGAUAAGGCUCGGGAUAUUGAGGAGAAGCUAAAGAAGAAGAAAGGAUCCUUCUUCCAGUCCAUCACCUCGCUGCAGAAGAACAGCGCUAGGGUAACAUCCCGCAAGGAGUUGCUUGAGGAGAAGUCCUCUGGAGCCAGGAACGACUACGUACUUAGUCUGGCAGCUGCAAAUGCUCAUCAGAAUCGUUAUUUUACGGUCGAUCUGCAGACCACAAUGACAACGAUGGAGAACUAUGUUUUUGAAAGGGUCGCCGAGUACCUGAUGCUAAUGGGACGCACAGAGUUGCUGACCUGCUCGGCCACCCAGAACAGCUUUGGCAAGAUCCGUGACCAGGCCCAACAGCUCACCCGGGAGUACAAUCUGCAGUGUUGCUACCUUUUCUAUCCGGUGCUGAAGCAGCACAUCCAGUACGACUUCGAGGCAUGCGACAAUGAUCCGGUGCGCAAGGUGACCGCGGAGCAUGAAUCCGCUGCCGAGACAUUGACCAAGGAGGCCAAGAAUCUGGCCGGCAGAGUGGUCAAAGAGAAUGCCUCGAUCCGGGAGAAUGCCAAGAAGUUGGCCCUGUGCCAGUCACUGCGGGAUUCGGGUCAACGCAGCGAUCCCAAUGAUCCAAAUGGACCAGAUUUGGACACGAAGAUCGAAGAGUUCCGGGAUCAGAUCCGGCGUUCGGAGACGGAGAAGGCCAAGGCGGAGGCUUGCCUGCAGUGCCUGCGGGAUGGUGGCAUCAACGUGGACGAGUGGGUGCAGGAGGCCGAGAUUAUGGGUGUGCAGGAGCUGACCCGUUCGGCCAGUUCCAUUUCAAUGCGCACAGAUGCCUCCGGGCAGGGUGAGAAUCCCAGUUCGGAUUCCUUCUAUGACAGUGACAAGGAGGAGACUCAGGCCCAGGCCUCGGCCCAGGCAAAGCCCAAGGCGGAGCAGCAACUGUCCAGGGAUCGCACCUUUAGUGACAGCGACGAUGAACCCGAUGAACGUCCAUCGGCAUCGGCGGCAGCAGCUUCUUCCAGUUCAGCUGCCGCAGCAGCGGCUGCCUCAUCAGCGGCAAUGGCCACCGGAGGUGGAGGCUGGGACGACCCCACCGAGGUUAACUGGGGAGCCGAAGAGGAGGAGGACAAGGACGAACCCAUUGUACCCGAGCCAAAGGAGGCCAUCUUUAAGUGUACUGCACUCUACAGCUAUACGGCCCAAAAUCCCGAUGAGCUUACCAUUGUUGAAAACGAACAGCUCGAGGUGGUCGGCGAGGGCGAUGGCGACGGCUGGCUGAGGGCUCGGAACUACCGCGGCGAGGAGGGUUACGUGCCGCACAACUAUCUGGACAUCGAUCAGGAGACAGCGGGCAGCGCCUUUAAUGGUACUUCCGGCAAUCAAUUGCGCUCUCAAAUCUCAUUCUCAUCUGUCGAUUAUACUGUUGACAAUGAAGAUCAAACGGUGGACUCGAUGCAAUCACCCGACCAGGUAUCGGUCAUCAUGGCGCCCCAGAAGCGUGUCAAAUCGGAUGUGGAAUGGUGCAUUGCGCUCUACGACUACGAUGCCACUGCCGAGGAUGAGCUGACCUUCGAGGAGGGUGACAAGAUCAAGAUCGUCACCAAGACCGCCCACGGGGUCGACGAUGGCUGGUGGGAGGGUGAGCUGGAUGGCAAAUUUGGCAAUUUCCCCUCACUGGUGGUCGAGGAGUGCGAUGAGAUGGGUGAACCACUUAGCGAGGGUGGGGAUGAGUCACCACCGCCCACAGCGGCACCCAGUUUUGCACUGCCACCGGCACCGGCACUGCCGCCAGAGUAUGCCCAUGAGCUGGAGUUGGAGCUAACGGAGGAUAUGUUUGGCUCACAGGAUACGGCAGAUGAGGAUAGCGGCUAUAUACCAAACGGCGCUGCAGCACCGAGCAUGCCUCCGCCAGGCCAGAACCAAAGCCAAACCACUGCCAAGAAGGUACUCAUCCAAGAGCCUGGCAUGGAGGACGAUCUCAGUGACGAUGGGCAGCCGCCACCAUCGUUGCCGCCGCCCCAAUUGCCAAAAGCGGGAGGAUCCGGUUCCGGACCCGCACCAGGAUCGGGAACGGGUGAGAAGGGCUCUAAAGGGGCGGCGGCCAGCGCCAACACGCUGAACUUAGGUAUGGCACAAAUAAUUGUUACCGCUGCAACCCCCAUGGUUGAAGACGGUGCCGAUAAAUCUUUCCCACCAGUAGGAGAGAGCGAUGCUGCUCAGCCGGAUCAGCCGUCCAACAGCAAGGAGGAGUCGCAGUCGCAGUCGCAGUCGGAGGCGGCCAAGAAGCCAGAUAUUGCACCCAAGCCACAGGCCAAGGCACCAGCUGCUCCUGCUGCUGCUCCAGCCAAAGAAGGUAAUCCGGCUGUGGGUAGGCCCGUGGUGAGCAUAACACUGACCGAGUAUCCAUCCUGUGAUGCAGAGGACCAACAGUCCUACUCGGAGGGCACGGACUCAGCCUCGGCUGCCGAUGUACCAGCGUUGCAGGAGGUCGAGGAUCCGUUCAACGAGAAGGCCAAAGGCGAUACCGGCGGCGGUGAUGGAUUUGAGGCCAAUUUUGAGGCCAAUUUUGAUGCCAACUUUGAUGAUGCCUUUGCUGGCAGCGGAUCAGGAUCAGGAUCGGGCGGCGGCGGUGGGGGUGGUAGAUCAGGCGGCGAGCAAUCGAGCGAUUUGGACGUGAAUGGAGAGGCGGCAGGUGAAUCGAGAUCCGGUGACAACGAUGAGGAUAUUGAGGCACCCAAACAGGUGGUCGGUGGGCGAGCUAGCAUACCCGAGGAAUUGGACUCAAAUCAAUUGGCACACGACCAUGAGCAUGAUAUAUACUCGUACUAUAUAGACUAUAGCCACGGACAGUUGUAGAGCGGAUCAGCGGAACACCACAGCCACCACAACCAAAAUCACAAUCCUCCAACAACAACAACACCUUGAAUGAAUAUUGAUCUCAAAACAUAAACACAAACACAAAACACACCUCUCCAAGCCAUCCUACACUUUAUACCCAAAAUUCACAAAGAUCAGUUGAACCUCUUCAGCUUGAAAUCUCUAUAUAGAAAAGGGGUUUAUAGAGCAGAGGAGCCCAAAAAUCUCUCAAAGCCUUGAGUUGGGGUGUUCGACUGUGUAGCAGAUAUAGCCAGACUCAGACGGACUAGAAUCGGGCAGCGAUCAUAAAUAUUGAUACAUUUUCACAACUAGAUUUUUUUCCCAUUAGUAAAACGAAUAUUUUACUCUCGCUGCCCGUAGCCACAUACAACGACACAAUAGCAGGAUAAACCAAUAGAGUAUGUAACUUAUAUAUAUAUAUUAUAAUCAGGUCGAAAUCCAAUCCUCUACCAAAAAAAUCACGUACGGCGCUCAAAUUGUGUACAUCCAUUUGAAUACUUCUUCUGACUGCCUCUGGGGCUAUAGUUAGAUAUCAACUGGGCCUUCAUAAACAAAACCACCAUACGAUAUAUAUAUAAACUAUAUAAAUAUAUACAUAAUUAUGUUAGUUUGUAAUGUGUUAUACCCUCAGAUACACUGGAUGAUAUAUAUAUAUAUUAUAAUUGAAAUAUUGUAAACGUUUUGAAAGGCAAUUACUUGUAGCACUCAGACACGGGUCUUCGAAUAUCAGCAGCAUCCGCAAAACUAAUCGAGCAAUAAUAAAUAUGUAUAUAUCUAAGAAAACUAGAGAGAGAGAGUCCUUAAGUUCGCUUGAUCUAACCAGUUGCAUAUUAUUAGCCAGCCAAUCAAUGAAGUAUCAAGUCAAUUCAGUUGGUUUUGAUUUGGAUUUGAAUUUGCCCCAUAAUUAGUCCUAGGAUCUCUGCACAUUAUAUAGUAAAUAUUAAUCGAAGAAUCGUAAAGGAAUAUGUAUUUGAAAGAACGAUGUCAUGUAUUGUUGUAAUUGUGUAUGCAAAAAAACACUAGCCUAAUUAGUUAAAUGUUUUCCGUGUCUAGUUAAAAAAUGGUCUAAGUUAAUGUUGGAUGCCAGAAAGAAGAUAUUUAAAAAUUAGUGAAAAAGGCCUACUCAACACGAGACUUUUGUUUGCGAUACUCGAAUAAUAUAUUAAAGUUCAUAGCUCACCACAAUCGGAUGAUAACUCUUCAUAUUCACAUAACCGAUAUAUAAUUAAAUAUAGUAAUGAAAACUGAAGCAAAACAAACGAACCUAAUUAAGUCGCAAACUGAAAUGUAAUUGUAAUUUUUGAACCCCUCCCCCCAAGUGAGUUAAUCAAUGUUUUUCAAAAAAAAAAAACCUUCUGUUCAA